CAGGCAGGCCGGGAGACUACGUCUAUGUUUUUAAUGACUACCGGAUGGAGGAGUGUGCCCCUGGAGGCUGUUUAAUAGAGUUGUGUAUUCAGCUCAGCAUCAUCAUGGUGGGGAAACAACUCAUUCAGAACAAUGUCUUUGAGAUCGGCAUCCCUAAGUUGAAGAAGUUGAUCCGAGCAUGGAAGGGUAAGGGGAUUUCAUUGGAGGAGAAAGAGGAGCAGCGUGCCAGACCUCCUCAACAGUGGAACCUGGACUACACCCUGGUCCCCUUUGAAGGACUGACCCCUGAGUACAUGGAGAUGAGUGAGUAUAUAGUAACAGUAGAUAACAGAGGUGAGGAGGUCAGGUGA